ACGCCGCUGCGGGCGGGUUGAGGCGGCCGCGCUCGGCCCCGCGCCGCCAUUUUGUGCCGCCGCCCGCAGCAGGAUGGAGUCGAUCGCCCGAGCGAAGCCGCCCGCUGCCAGCCGCACCCUCUGCCCCGCUGCCGCACCACGGAGCGCCGCUCCGCACCUCCGACCGCACCGCUGGGAACGCUGAAGAGUCUCCUUUGCCCUCCGCAACCGCCGCAGCCGCCGCCGCCACCACCGCCGCUUAUGGAGCCGAGCGGCCGGGAACGCGGCGCCGCCGGCUUGGGGUGGGCCCGGCUGGGUUUCGCCGCUGCCUGGCCUAAGCUUGCCGGGCCCAGCGCGGCCCCUGCCGGUGCCUCGUCCCAGGCGAGCCCGCCGUUCUCCUUGCUGCGGAUGGUGUCGCAGCUCCUCUCCCCGCUGCCCGCUUUGCUGCAGCGGCUGCUGCCCGGCCCCGCUCUCAGCAGUGCCCUCUGCCCCGCCACCGGGCCCGCCAAGGGUCCCCCCCAGACGCCGCCGCCGCCUUUGCUGCUGCUCUCCCAGUCUGCCGCCUCGCUGGACUGGGCCGAAGAGACACUGCCGUGGUCGGAGGAGACCCUAGGGAAGGGGCGAGAAGCGGGCACGGAGUCUCCGCCGCGCCUCUGGAGCAGCGGGCUGGUGCGGAGCAGCCUGGCGUCCAUCCCCGCCUCGCCUCUCUACGUGCUGAGCCCGGAGCAGAGCCAGAGCUUCGGCAAGAGCCAUCUGCCGCAGCCGCUGCGAGCCGAGGGCCCCGCGGAGGCCUGGCGGGGAGGGCUGCCGGAGGUUGAGUUUCUCCGCAGCAAGCGUUUGGCUUUCCUCCAGCAGUGGCAUUUGGCGAGCGGUGGCCUGGCCGUGCCGGAGCCGGACCACGGCUAUCACAGCCUGGAGGAGGAGCAGCAGCAGCAGCAGCACAGGGGCGUUUGUCGAGGAGAAACACGGAGAGAGCAGCGCUGCGAUGCCGGCGAGGCGAAGCGGCCCGAGGAGCCGAACGACGCCGGGAGAGAAGCUGGAGGUGGUCCCUUGGAGCACGGGGAGGGGAUGCAGAGUUCGGCUGAGGAGGGAGCGCUUGAGGGGGAAGCUUUGACAGAAGAGGAGGAUGAGGACUCCGAAAUAGAGCCAAACCUUCCCCUUUCGGCCAGACCUGCCUGCGCCAAUAAACUAAUAGACUAUAUCAUUGGGGGAGUUUCGAGUGGGGAGGAGGAGAGUGCGGAUGAUGAGGAAGAUUGGGAUGACGAUGAUGGCUUCGACAGCGAAGGGCUCCCCUCGGAUUCAGACGGAGGUAGCCAGGACGGGGAAAGACUUCAUCUCUGGAAUUCCUUCUACAGUUUGGAUCCCUACAACCCUCAGAACUUCACAGCCACCAUUCAGACGUCAUCCAGCGAUCCAGGGAAGGAUAUGUCGGAUGUAGAAGAAGAAGAGGAGGAGGAGGAGGAGGAGGAGGAAGAUUCGUCGUGGGUAGACGAAUCCUCGGGCUCUUCUCAGUCCAUCUCUGAAGAGGAGGACGAGUGGGACUGUAGCAGCGUGGAUGAAGCAGAAAGCUUGAAACUUUGGAACUCAUUCUGUACCUCAGACGAUCCUUACAACCCUUUAAACUUCAAGGCAGCCUUUCAAACGGCAGAGAAAAAGGGAAAGGCAACGGAGAGGCCGAAUUUGGUCGCUUCCGAGCGGGGCCACCUCACUGUCUGCCGGCUCCAGCUGGAAAAACACAACUCUGGGCUCACCGACUUGGUACAGCUUGGCCUUUGUUCUGGGGAGAAAUGUGCCAGCACCAAGAGGAAAAAGGUCACCUUCCAUGAACAAGUGACUGAGUAUUACAUAAGCAGCGAGGAGGACAGAAAAGGACCCUGGGAAGAGCUUGCAAGAGACAGCUGCAGGUUCCAGAAACGAAUCCAAGAGACAGAAGAAGCCAUAGGGUACUGCUUCACCACAGAGCAUAGGCAAAGAGUAUUUCACAGACUCCAAGAAUCCUCCUCCAACAGGGUUGAUCUCUUCUAGCACCUUAAAAAGAUGUGGUGGUAGUGGUGACCCUAAGCACUCAUGAAUAAGAAGUGGCAGCUGCAUGUGCUCCUUUGAAAUGGGGAGAGGGGUGGGAUUGGAGCUCUUCCUUCCCAUUCCUACUUUGAUAUUCAAGGAAUAUCCUUGGGUCUCCCAUCCUGAUAUCCAGACCAAACCUCUAUUUGAGUACCUUGAAGGGUUCAGGUGGUAUCAUUGCAUUCCUUUUGAGUACCACUUGAGGAACAGACUGCUUUAGGUGAAACCCAUUCCAAACAAUGCCUUUGUCUGCCUUGUGUGGAGAAGUGGUGACUUCAGUUGGAUUUUUUUGCACUUUGAGGGGGGGGGGGGAAGAGAAAAGGAAAAAAAAAAAACAAAACUAUUUUGAAGGAAAUAUUUAAUGGGGUUCAGAACCCAUUUAAUGGAUUCAGAACCCAUUUAAUGGGGCUCAGAACCCAUUUAAUGGGUUCAGAACCUAUUUAAUGGAUUCAGAACCUAUUUAAUGGGGUUCAGAACCCAUUUAAUGGGCUCAGAACCCAUUUAAUGGGGCUCAGAACCCAUUUAAUGGGGUUCAGAACCUAUUUAAUGGAUUCAGAACCCAUUUAAUGGGGCUCAGAACCCAUUUAAUGGGGCUCAGAACCCAGGUAUUGGCAGUUUUGAUUUAAAGUUUCUCUGGGUGGGUUGGUUGGGUUUGGGUUUUUUUUGCUUCUGGUGCUUCUCCAUUUUUUUCUCUUGUACAGAUGUCUCAUAAGCUUGGGUAAAACAACCAAACAGCUUCACUUUGCCUGGGCACAAGAGAUAGUUCAGUCCUUUCCUUUUUAAGAUCCCCAGUUUUGACACCCAGUGUGAUGUUGGGAGUGUUUCUGGACCUCAUUUGAUGCCUUUCAGUCUCUCACAGUGAGGGUUCAGGGCAGCUCUGGUGCACUCCCAAGCCCUUUGGCUUCUCUUUAUUUAAAUCCCCAGAACCAUUCCAAAGGGUCUUGGCUCUUUGUGCACCAAACCUCUGUUUUUCAGUGGCUUCAUCCUGAUGAAGAAUUAAAACUUCCAGGUACUUCCCAAGGCUGUGGUUGAUAGUUUGAGGUUAGGUAGCCACAUGUGGGGACCUAACUCUUAGUUCUUUAGUUAGAGUCACUCAACCAUUGUGGAUUUUGGAUUGAAGUGAAGGACUCUUCCUCUUUCUGUAUCCAAUGUUGCUUGUUCUGAGCAGAAUUCUCUUUCCAAGGCUACAAAUCACCCCUGUCCUUUACCAGGAGCCAGUAUUAAUACCUCUGUGUCUGCACUUUUAGUUCAUCCAGUACCAAAACCAACAUUUCACAUUUAGGGGCUGAGACUUGAGGUCCUCUGCAGAAGGCAAACACUCCUGAUCUGUGUUCCUGAUUUCAGGUGAUGAUGUUUCAGUCACAGUGAGCGAGCAGCUCUGUGUUUCUGGAUGGGGAGGAGGUUGUGUGGUUGUCAUCCAAGCAGGUAUGAGGUCAUGGGAUGGACUAAACACCCAAACAUCUUCUGUUUGCACAAACGUUGUGGAAAUAAAUGAUUUACCCUUGCAAUUAAUCCCUUUGGUGGGAGAAACCUAAAACCACUUCAGAUUUGUUACCUCUUUAAUGACUUGAAAUGGAGAGCAGGGAGAGAGCUUCACAGAGCUGGGCUGAGUUCUUUACCCAGGGGCAUCUUAAUUGUGCCUCUAAAAACUGAAGAGGGUUUUUUUUAAGUGAUUUAUUUUUGCUUCUUGAUGUUCUUUUGAAUUUCCAAAUCACCUUCCUGCUCCAAGUAGGACAUUCAGAGAGCUGAGAACACCACAGCAGAGUUGUCAUCUAAACUGAAACCCACAACUCAGCAACCUCCCAGGCUGCCUGCUUAGGAAGCUCUUUUUUCACCUAAACCAGUUGGAGUUGUUGCUAUUUUUUCAUCCCCCAUGGCAUAAAAAAAAGAAGAUUGGAUUCCUGCAAACAGUGAUUUCAGUUGUGAAAUGAUUUUAGUGACACCCUCAAAGCCUUCUGAAGUGACUUUUGGACUCUUAAAGAGGUUUUAUUGUGGCUGUGUUGGGUUAAAAAAAAAGGUUUUGCUUCAUUUCUCCUCUUGUUCAGGAGGAGAAAUGUUAAAUUGCAAGGGGAAAGUUGUUGAUUUCUGCUCCAAGUGUGGCUGUUAAAUGUUUUCUUUGCUACAACACACACCACUGGGUUUGUUUUUUUUUCCAUGCCUCUCAGUUUCUUUUUAUCUUGAGACAACUUUUGUGGUGCUUCAGUUUUUGGACAACUCAACGCUUGGGUUUCCUGCUGCUUUUGGAAGGGUGGUGUGAAGUGAACCACCUGGCAAACCUUGAGCCACUCUUUUGUUUGCAGAGGCUUGGAAAAGGCUCCAGCUGGAAAAUGAGCUUUAGAAUUUGACAAAUUGGAUGUAAAGUAGGUGAAAAAUUGCUACUUUCAAGGUGCUCCUAACGCUGGGGGGAAGGAAAUGAUUCAUUGGGUUUUUAUUUCCACCCCUGCAGUGUAUCAGGCACUGUUUGACCCUGACCCAUACCUGCUUGGCUAAGCUUUCCCCCUCCUCCCUCAACCCUCAUGGUUUUAAGUAAGGUGAUUAAGGGAACUAACACUAAAUUAACACCAAUCCCCGAGCUGAGGUGGGGUUGUCACCAUUGCCCCUUCACACACAGCCCCUGGAUGUGUGCUCAGUGCUUGGCUUGAGCCCAAAAUGAACACUUUUGGUGAACUUUAAAUCAAAACUGUUUUAACUCUUCAGAUUUUAUUUUUGUAUGAUUUAGAGGCAGUUAGAAACCCUUCAGCAGUGGCUUUCUACAGAUUCUCCUUGAUUUGUGUGGAGUUUGUUGGGGUUUUUUAUCUAAAAGUUCUAUUUCUGUACAUAAUAAUAAUAAAAAAACCUAUUCAGAACUAAUCUGUAAAUUGUAAUAAAGAGAUUUGCAAGAUAA